UGCUACACAUGUCAAAAUAUAAUUGGACCGUUGAUGGACACGUGGCAGGGUAUGAGAUGAGGCUGUUCUAGGGUGGCGCGAUUUUCUAGACGCGGCGAAUCGACUGGCACGGGCUUCGAGGACAGGGUUUCAUUUUCCAACGUGACGAAAUUGUAUGGGCUAUGUCGGCCCCCUCCAUUGGGCGCAUAGUAUGGCCGAUACUUUAAAUGCCAUCAAAGCCCAUAUCUGAUAUUGGGCUCAUACGGGCUCAAUUGAAUAUCGACAACUUAUAAAAAAAAAUAUGUUGCCAAAGUAACCGUAUAAAACGGCCCAAAUUAAGGUUUUGUAUAUAAGAUCAAAAUCAACGGCCCAUACGAAUCUGGUCAGAAAAGGCAGGAGAAUGAUCUAGUCACGGCCGCUAAACCAGACAGGCGAGCAUGUACUGUCGGGCAUUUCAUAGGUUUAAAAAAGAUUGGUUUUUUAUUAUCAUGAAAUUAUUUUAUUUAUUUCAGAAUCGGAAAUCUCGCAGCGAGUCGUGUGAAAAUUAAUAUUUAAAUAUUCAUGUAAUGUUUUUUUAGAUACUAAUUAUUUCUCCGUCUCUCUUCGUUGAUGGCUUGAUCCUCCUUCCCUUCUCCGGGAAUUCUAAACGCGCAUAUUCCUGCUUCUUCCUUUCUUUCUGUUUUCUCUCUCUACAUUUUUCUCUGUGUCGGAAUUGGGACCGGAUCUUGAUCGAACAAGAAGAAGAAGAAGAAGAAGAUGAUUGAGAGAUGUCUGGGAGCGCAGCGGUGUCGGAGGAUUCAUAGAGCCCUACGUCAUGGGAAGGUGACGAUUCUCUGCCUGGUUCUCACCGUCGUCGUCCUACGUGGUACCAUCGGCGCUGGAAAGUUCGGUACGCCGGAGCAGGACCUGGUGGAGAUUCGCGAGCAUUUCUUCCACCCUCGCAAGCGCGCCGAGCCUCAUCGCGUUCUCGUCGAGGUCUCCACCCAGACCACGUCUUCCUCCGAUGGGAAUGGGAAUGGCAAUAACUACGAGACCUUGGACAUCAACAAGAUCUUCGUCGAUGAGGGAGAAGAAGAGAAGACCGACCCCAACAAGCCGUAUUCUCUCGGUCCGAAGAUUUCCAAUUGGGACGAGCAGAGAUCAGAAUGGCUGAAACGGAAUCCAAAUUUCCCAAACUUCGUCGCGCCGAACAAGCCUCGUGUUCUUCUCGUCACCGGUUCGUCUCCCAAACCGUGCGAGAAUCCCGUCGGAGACCAUUACCUCCUGAAAUCGAUUAAGAACAAGAUCGAUUAUUGCCGAUUGCACAACAUCGAGAUUUUCUACAACAUGGCCCUGUUCGACGCGGAGAUGGCGGGAUUCUGGGCGAAACUUCCAUUGAUCCGGAAGCUCCUCCUAUCUCAUCCGGAGAUCGAAUUCUUGUGGUGGAUGGACAGUGACGCGAUGUUCACGGACAUGGCGUUUGAGCUGCCAUGGGAGAGGUACAAGGAUUACAACCUCGUAAUGCACGGCUGGAACGAGAUGAUCUACGAUCAGAAGAACUGGAUCGGUCUGAACACCGGAAGUUUCUUAUUACGAAACUGCCAGUGGGCGCUUGAUCUCCUGGACGCGUGGUCUCCGAUGGGUCCGAAAGGGAAGAUCCGAGAAGAAGCAGGUAAAAUCUUGACCCGGGAGCUCAAGGAUCGACCAGUGUUCGAGGCGGACGAUCAAUCCGCCAUGGUAUACCUCCUCGCGACGCAACGAGACAAGUGGGGAGACAAAGUGUACUUAGAAAGCGCGUAUUACUUGCACGGCUACUGGGGAAUUCUGGUCGACCGAUACGAGGAAAUGAUCGAGAAUUAUCACCCGGGGCUUGGUGACCAUCGGUGGCCGCUCGUGACGCAUUUCGUGGGGUGCAAGCCGUGCGGUAAGUUCGGGGACUACCCGGUGGAACGAUGUCUGAAGCAGAUGGACCGGGCGUUCAAUUUCGGGGACAAUCAGAUUCUACAGAUAUACGGGUUCGCCCACAAGUCGCUGUCGAGCCGCAGGGUCAAACGCGUGCGGAAUGAGACGGACCGUCCACUCGACGUUAAGGACGAGCUCGGGCUCCUCCACUCUCCGUUCAAGGCCGUCAAGGUGACGGACUGAUGCGUGUGAAUUAG